AUGGGCUCAGUUCGGCGGAUCACGGAUGAUUUGGAGAAGCCUGAUCUCGACGACAGAUCCUAUCGAGUGAUCGAGCUCCCCAACAAGCUGGAAGCAUUGCUGGUCCACGAUGCAGAGACCGAUAAAGCCAGUGCCAGUCUCAACGUGAAUGUGGGCAAUUUCUCAGACGAAGAAGAUAUGCCGGGCAUGGCACACGCCGUCGAACAUCUACUGUUCAUGGGAACUGAAAAGUAUCCCGUCGAAAAUGAGUACAGCUCCUAUCUCUCUUCGAACUCGGGUCAUUCCAAUGCAUACACCGCUGCCACACAGACGAAUUAUUUCUUUGAAUGCGCCGCCACCCACGAGUCUAAUGACCAGCCUGUCAACGGGACUGCAGUCAUCAAUGGAUCAGCUGGAGGAGCUUCGAGAGGGCCUUUAUAUGGUGCUCUAGAUCGAUUUGCACAGUUUUUUGUGAAACCGCUAUUCUUGGAGAACACUCUAGACCGUGAGUUGAGAGCUGUGGACUCAGAAAACAAGAAAAACCUCCAAAGUGAUGCAUGGCGCUUGUCUCAACUGGCCAAAUCUUUGUCCAAUCCAGCCCAUCCUUACCAUCACUUCUCCACUGGCAAUCUCCAGACCUUGAAAGAAGACCCAGAGAAAAAAGGGGUGAAGAUCCGCGAAGAAUUCAUCCGAUUUUACGAGCGACACUAUUCUGCCAAUCGAAUGAAGCUUGUGGUCUUGGGCCGCGAGUCCUUAGAUGACCUUGAGCAUUGGGUUGUUGAACUCUUCUCCGAAGUCAAGAACAAGGACCUGAAGCAAAAUCGAUGGGAUGGCGUCGAGAUGCUGUCUAAACAACAAUUGCUCACCGAGGUCCUUGCAAAGCCCGUUAUGGAGUCGCGCUCUCUGGAAAUCAGUUUCCCCUGGCAAGAUGAAGACGACAUGUACGAGACUCAACCAGCCAGGUAUAUCAGCCAUUUGAUUGGCCAUGAGGGACCUGGUAGUGUUCUUGCAUAUCUCAAGGAGCAAGGCCUUGCCCAGACUCUCUCUGCUGGGUAUCAGCCUGUUUGUCCGGGAUCCGCGUUCUUUGAGAUCGACAUUGGCUUAACACCAAAGGGACUAGAAAAUUACCAUGAAGUCGCCAGAAUCAUCUUCAAAUAUAUCGGCAUGAUGAAAGCGAAUCCCCCUGUGGAAUGGAUGCACCAGGAGAUGAAAAACAUGGCCGAGGUUGACUUCAGAUUUCGCCAGAAGUCCCCUGCAAGCCGCUUCACAAGUGGAACCAGCAGUGUCAUGCAGAAGAACUUACCUCGCAAUUGGCUACUCAGUAGCACAAGCAAAUUCAGGAAAUUCGAUGCAAAAGCCAUUGUCCAAGCUAUGCAAUACCUACGAGAGGACAACUUUAGGUUAAUGUUGGUUUCACAAGAUUAUCCAGGCAAUUGGGAUCAGAAGGAGAAAUGGUACGGGACUGAGUACAAAGUCAACCAAAUUCCCCCUGAUUUCCUAUCGGAUGUCCGCAAAGCUCUCAAUGCUCCUACAGAGGACAGAAUCGAUGAGCUUCACUUGCCUCAUAAGAAUGAAUUCAUCCCUACCAAGCUGGAUGUGGAGAAGAUGGAGGUCAAAGAGCCUACAAAGACACCCAAGCUUCUACGGAACGACGACUUGGUACGGCUCUGGUGGAAAAAGGAUGACACAUUCUGGGUUCCUAAGGCGAAUCUGAGUAUCAAACUCCGAAACCAGGUCACCUAUGCGAAUCCACUAAACUAUGUCAAGGCGAAUCUUUUCGUGAGCCUCGUGAAGGAUGCUCUUUCGAGUUACUCCUACGAUGCGGAGAUUUCAGGACUUUCAUACGGCAUAGCAGCAAACAUGCUUGGUGUGGACAUCAGUGUACAUGGAUACAACGACAAGAUGGCAGUGCUCUUGGAAAAGAUUCUCAUCACCAUUCGGGACAUUGAAAUCCAAGCUGACAGAUUUGAUGUUAUCAAGGAACGGACGGCGCGGAAAUACAAGAAUUGGGGUUACCAACAGCCAUACUAUCAAAUCGGUGAUUACACGAGGUGGUUAUUGAAUGAGCGUUCUUGGAUGACCGAUUCAUAUGCUGCUGAACUCCCCCACAUUGCCGUUGAAGAUAUUCGAGCUUUUGCACCACAACUAUUACAACAGGCACAUAUUGAAAUUCUUGCCCACGGUAAUCUGUACAAGGAGGAGGCUAAGAAGAUCGCCAAUCUGAUUGAAACCACAUUGAAGCCACGCGCUCUCCCCACAUCACAGUGGCAGCUUCGACGAAAUAUGAUCAUCCCUCCAGGAAGCAACUUUGUGUACAAGCACACUCUAGGUGAUCCAGCUAAUAUCAACCAUGCUAUUGAGUAUUAUCUAGAUGUCGGACACGUCAUGGAUUUACCACUCCGGUCAAAGCUGCAGCUGUUCGCUCAAAUCACUGAUGAACCAGCCUUCGAUCAACUGAGAACAAAGGAACAACUCGGUUACGUGGUUUGGAGUGGUGUGAGACCAGCAGCCGUCACAAUGGGCUUCAGGGUACUUAUCCAGAGCGAAAGAGACCCGGACUAUCUCGAAACACGAAUCAAUUCUUUCCUCCUCAAGAUCAACACCGUGUUAGACUCCAUGUCGAACGAGGAUUUCGAAGGCCACAAACGAAGCUUGAUCAACAAGCGUUUGGAGAAACUUAAGAAUCUUGACUUUGAGACUAACCGCCUAUGGGCUUACAUUAGCGGUGAAUAUCUUAACUUCCACCAAGUCGAUCGAGAUGUGACGGAAAUCCGGAAGUUGACCAAAGCCGAUAUCAAGGAAUUCUACGCUCAUUAUAUCGAUCCAGAAUCGCCUACAAGAGCUCACCUCUCGAUUCAUCUUCACGCUCAAGCUUCAUCAACGCCACCUGAAUUGUCUCCGGAGGAACAAAAGUCACAAGCGAUUGGUCUCAUCGGACAGGUUCUUGGAAAUCUCGGGGUUGACGUCCAAGAAACCCUAUUGAAGAAGCAUUUCGAAGCCGUUGAGCCGAAUGACCAAACAAACAUGAUUGCCGCGAUCAAGGGGUAUAUUGGUGAUUCUGCGCCAGCGCCAAAGGUGGAACAGAUUCUUGAGCAAAUGAAGGCCGCGGUUUCUCAAGUUCAAGUGGCCCUGAAAAUCAAGCCCCCAGUCCCUGAAACAAACGGCGAGCAGGUAGCUGCUCACAUUCCGACACCUGUGAUCAUCAAAGAUGCACACCAGUGGAAGGCAGAUUUGCAAGUCAGUAAAGGCCCCGUGGCUGUGGCAGACAUCCGAGAAUUCGAGGAUCUUGAGUCCAAGCUGUGA